CAGCUCCAUGGGAAUAAAGGAAAAGAGGACUAAUCUAUGGGCUGUGUUACGGGGGAAGUGUUUCAAUAUCCUAGAAUACGGUACUCUAUCUGAUAAUAAGAAGAAAGGAUAGACGAGGAACAUGCAUAUGUUUUGCUGAGAUAAGGAAAUUAACAAUUACACAAAUAACUUUGAGCAUAUAUUUGCUUGCUAGGUAGCUAACGUGCGUGAAGCUUGUCAGACAGACAGCAAGCCAGUUUGCACUAUGAGCUCGCCAGUUCUUUAGCUCUGAUAGCUAGCAUGUUUGAGAGUCACACCCAGUAUUGUGGGUCCCAUUAAUUGUUAUAGACUCCAAGGUAACAUCACUGUUACCCAAUGCGAAAGGACAGACACUGUUGUCUACCAGACGUGACUUAUUUUUUCAGUUAUAUGUUGAAAUUAGUGUGUAGCACUAGUGUGUAGCACUAGUAAUUGUAAGUUACAGUAACGUUAGCCAGCUAGCGACAUGCCACAGGCUAUUUUGGUAGGAGGUAGAUAACGUUAGCCAGCCAAAUUGCUAGCUGUCGAGAGCAAGCGGCUAGAGUUUUGGCUUUAAUCAGUCACAGUUAUCUGUACACGUCUUGUGGGUUAUUUUCCAUUUGGAUUGCUAUCUAAGGUUUAACUAGUCACACAGUUCCUUUGUGAUUGCGUUGUAAUAUGAGCGUCCCAAUGUAUACAUUUGUUCUUCGCGAUGAUACCAGCAGCAUCUAUGCUGAAGUUUCUAAAAUUCUCGUUGCCACUGGAAAAUGGAAGAGACUGAAAAAGGAUAAUCCUCGAUUCAAUUUAAUGCUGGGGGAACGAAACAGACUUCCAUUUGGACGAUUAGGCCAUGAACCGGGACUGACGCAGCUGGUGAAUUAUUACAGAGGAGCAGACAAGCUUUGUCGCAAAGCAUCACUAGUUAAGUUAAUUAAGACCAGUCCAGAGCUGUCUGAUUCCUCUACUUGGUUCCCGGAAUCUUACAUUAUUUACCCCACCAAUCUUAACACCCCUGUGGCCCCAGCCAAGAAUGGCAUUAGUCACAUGAAGAGCAAUCCCAAGACAGAUGAAAGAGAGGUGUUCUUAGCAUCGUACCACUGCAGAAAGGAAAGUGGAGAGGGAUCAGUUUGGAUUGCCAAAUCAUCUGCUGGAGCCAAAGGCACUGGAAUUUUGAUAUCCCAUGAUGCAAACCAGUUGCUGGAGUACAUUGAUAAUCAGGGACAAGUUCACAUCAUCCAGAAGUACCUAGAGAGACCUCUGCUACUGGAACCAGGGCAUCGCAAAUUUGACAUCCGGAGCUGGGUGCUAGUGGACCACCAGUAUAAUAUCUACCUGUAUCGAGAAGGAGUGCUGAGGACGUCCUCUGAGCCUUACAAAAGUACAGACCUUGAGGACAUGACCAGCCACCUCACCAACCACUGCAUCCAGAAAGAGCAUUCUCAGAACUAUGGGCGUUAUGAAGAGGGCAAUGAGAUGUUCUUUGACGAGUUUAGGCAGUACCUUCUCAACACUCACAAUGUCACACUGGAAGCAUCCAUUUUACCUCAAAUCAAACAGAUCAUCAGGAGUUGUUUAACAUGCAUUGAGCCAGCCAUCAGCACGAAGCACCUCUCCUACCAGAGCUUCCAGCUGUUUGGCUUUGACUUCAUGGUGGACGAGGACUUCAAAGUUUGGCUCAUCGAGAUCAACGGCGCACCAGCUUGCGCACAGAAAUUGUACCCAGAGCUCUGCCAAGGAAUCGUGGAUGUGGCCGUCUCCACCGUCUUCUCCCUGACCGUUGACCCCCUCUCCACCUCGCCUCCGUUCUCCACGUCACCCUCCCUUACGUCAAACAACUGCUGCUCCUCUCCCAAACUACGAGCACCUCAUCAAAUCGGCCCUUUCAUCAAGCUAUAAGCACACACACUGCUUCCAGCCCUGCCCUUGGACAGUUCGCCUCCCCUGCGGUCCCACCCAAUGCUACUUCCGAUGUGGCCCCAAGUCGGCCUCUAGCUGGCUUCUGAGAGAUGUACUCCCCCUGAAAAGGGUGCCCUCAGAGAGGAGUAGUGUGGGGUGGGUUACCCGCAUCUGUAAAGAAGGGAAAAAAAGGCCACUGAUGACGAUUGGCCACUGAUGAAGACGACAUGAAUGUGUGAAGAGUGGAAUGGAAGGUGUGUGUCUUGAGAUGGUGACAGGUGUGUGUAGGUCAUUCAAAGAGGAGGAUGAGGGGUCUAGUGACCGGAUAGUCCUGUCACACAGGGUUGUCUGGUCAGAUCUUGCCGAGAGGAAGAGUAUGAUUGGAUGAAAGGUAGCAAAGAUAGAGGAAACUCUUGAGGAUGUAGUGUUAAUGAGGCAAAACGUAACGCAUAGAGCCUUGUUGGAAGAUAAGGGGAGAGGAUCUCUUGAAGUUUCCAAGACUUCAGUGCCUUAAAUGUUCAUGGCCGUGUACCCUUAGCAAGUCUCUGUGACUAGAGUUUGUCUGGUGUUGCUUCUCUUAUUGUUCCUAUCAUACAUAUCAUGGAAGCUGAAAAAAAUGCCUGUCCGUGCCUGUCACUCAGUGUACAGGCCUACUUCUUAACGGCAUUAAGAACGGCAUUCUGUAUCUGUGUAAUUAACAAAACGGAAUUAUGACCCACAAUGAGGCAAAAAAAGAAAGACCUUCCCGGAAAGGUUUUGGCUAUAUUCAGAUGCUCUUAGUAUUUUUCCCUUGUCCUGUUGGUCAGUAGGAUAGAACAUUUUUCAGGCAUUUCAGUUGCUCCCUCAUUGGUACACAUUUGCUUAUAUGAUAAGGCUAACAGCAAAGCUAACAAUAGCUUAUUAAAAAAAUCAAGUUAACGAUGAAAUGAAAUAUAAGUCUGUGUGAAAAUUGUUGUAAUGGUUCUGGCAACUAGUUGUUCCCUGAUAACUUGACCGAUAGAAAUACCCUACAGAAUAUCAGUCAGAUGCUACCAGGUCACAUGGUCACACAUAUCCCCUAGCUGGAGCUGUUCAAGGUGAAGCACAACCGAUUUAGAAUGUUUAGGAAUGAAUUAGAUGAAGAGGAUUCAAAUCCCCCAAAUUCUGUUUUGUGCAGGUAUAGAUUGAUAAUUGCUGCCCUCCACCUGAAGAAAUAAUUUGUUAAGAAAAUAUCUUUCCAUAUUAUUUUGUGUCUUACUGUAGUUGUUUGCAGUUAACAUGUGUCCAUUUUGUAUGUACAAACUGCAUGUUGAAGUGUGUCAAAAAGAAAGUUGUGCAUAGCCCAAUGACUCUUUGUAGACAGGUCACAAGUACCCUACUUUAAGAUUAAGAUUUGUGUUUCCUAAUAUACAUAUUUCUCUAUAAUAAUCCCUCCCUUAGAAAUACUGAGCAGAUGUUUUUAUUGUGUUUUAACAAUAUGUUAAUCUUCAUCCAGUCAUUGGCUCCAUUUAUCAGUUUGUCACUAGGCAAACAGGAGAGACAUAGAAUUUAAUGGUGCAAACAUUUUGGACUGUCACUAUUCAAGGUGCAUAGCAAAAAUGGCCAGAUUAAAUUCUUGUCUCAGAUAUAGCUGAUAUUUUGCACUGUUUGUGUAACUUUUUAACAUUAUCAAGUCAUUAAGGAAUGCUUGAUUUUUACAGUCGACCCUAUAUUUACUGCUCAUGAAAAGCUAGGCUUUUGCAUGCUUAAAUAUAGUUAAGCUGUAUGGAUUUUGCACGGAAACUGUAAAGGGUAGCUCCAUCUGCCGUAUAAAUGUGUUUCUUGCGUGUUUUAAAAUAGUUUUUGUUUUGUUUGUGUUACCCAAGUAUUUGUUUUGCUAAUUUUAAAAUAGUAUUACAUGUUUUUGUUACAUCAGCUUUUCACCAUUUGCCUGCAGAAUUUAUGAAGGGAUUUGUAAUGUGUAAAUUAGUCCUAUAAAGGGGAACUUUAAUUUAUAAAGAAGACAGAUGCACAAUUUGGCAAUAUGCUGGAGGAAAAAAGGAAAUUUUACUGUUUAAGCUUAAGUUGGAUCUCAGAUCUGUACGCUCAGACAAUUCAUGGCUUCCAUAGUUCUGUUUCAUAUGCCAUUCGGGAUUUUAUCCUAAUGUCAUCAAAGUAGUGUUAUCACAGUGUUACACAGGGGAAAAACCUUCCAUCGAGGGAAAAGGGUGCCUUACUGAAAAUAACUUCGUAGAAGUUCCACUGUUUAAUUUAUUAAUCCUUUGCAUUAACAUGAUGUUUCAACACUUUCAGUAUGGUUAUAGAAUCCUUAAAAUAAAAAGUGAACAGCUGUACAAUCUUAUGUAACACAAAUUCUAACCCUCUGUUUGUCAACGACCCUCCAAGGCAUUCCCUAUUCCAAACCAAAGAGAAUUACUGCUUGUAUUUUGUAAUACAGAACAAGUGUAUUGUGUUUUGAAAUGUUUCUGUGGUUUGUGGGAAUGCAUGUAUCUGCUGUCUUAAAGCUUGUGUAGCAGGUGGACGUGGGAGUCCAACGUCAACAUCGACAGUGGUCCCAGGGUGCUUUCUCCUGUGACAUCAUCAAAUCAGAUCUUAUCAUGAAGUCUUGCUCUUACUGCUUUUAUACAUGAAAUUCCACUGGUUAAAUAAGACAUCUACCAGCCACCCUGUGCUUGUGUGUUCAGUUCAAUCCUUUGGUUGGUAUAUUUUUUGUUACCUAUUUGUGCAUGGAAACAGCAUCUGUACUGGUAGUACAAAUAAAUACUAUAGUAGUG